UGAAACUGAAAGGCUAAUAUUCAUUUGUUUAUUAAGAUUUUAUAUUGAAAACACACUUUAAAGCUUCAGUUCACCACAAAAUUUUUCUUUGUAAUUAUAAAAUAAAACAAUAAAUAAAUAAAUUAUCUGCUUCUCCAACAAAGCCACAACUCCUUCAAUGGCAUGUGCAACUGCAACUGCAAUUCCCAACUCUAGUUUGUUAGCCUCAAAACAACCCUCUGAACUUCAAAAACAUUUCAAUCACAACUCGACUUUCUCUUUAAUAUCAGCAAGGAGAACACUCAGGGUGAGAGCGGAAGCUAUGUCUACUACUAUUGAGAAGCUGGGUGUGAAGAUUCAGAGGAACCCUCCUGAGUCCAAACUCACUGAGCUCGGUGUCAGAAAAUGGCCCAAAUGGGGUUGUCCACCAAGCAAAUUUCCCUGGACUUACUCAGCAAAAGAGACCUGCUAUCUGCUGGAGGGAAAAGUUAAGGUUUACCCUGAUGGCUCAAAUGAUGCUGUAGAAAUUGGCGCUGGUGACUUGGUUGUGUUCCCAAAAGGAAUGAGCUGCACUUGGGAUGUUUCAGUCGCUGUGGACAAGCACUAUAACUUUGAGUAAUAAUCUUAUGUCUUUUGCCUCUAUUUUCAUUAUGAAUAAAUGUGUGUGGACCAACGCCUUUGUUUACUCUUUCCAGUAGAAUUACUGUUAAUGAAUGUGUCUGGUACUUGUGCUAUACAGCUUUGUUUUGGAAUGAGAUUCCAAUGUGAUCAAGUAUAUUGCUCUA